AUUUUCGGUGCAGAGAUGCGCUCGGUGCCACCUGGGAAUCUCGGCCUCGGAGAUGGUGAUGCGAGCUCGGGACCUGGUCUACCACCUCAACUGCUUCACCUGCACUACCUGCAGCAAGAUGCUCACCACCGGGGACCACUUUGGCAUGAAAGACAGUCUGGUGUACUGUCGGCUGCACUUUGAGACUCUCAUCCAGGGAGAAUAUGAGACACAUUUUAACCACGCGGACGUGGUGCCGCACAAAGGCCUGGGCCCGGCCAACACGCUCGGACUAUCCUACUUCAGCAGCGUGGGGACGGUGCAGAAAGGAAGGCCGAGGAAGAGGAAAAGUCCUGGGCCAGGGGCCGAGCUGGCUGCUUAUAAUGCAGCGCUGAGCUGCAACGAGAACGACGGCGAAUCCAUGGACAGGGACUCCCAGUACAGCUCCAGUCAGAAGACCAAGCGCAUGCGGACGUCCUUCAAGCAUCACCAGCUGAGGACCAUGAAGUCCUACUUUGCCAUCAACCACAACCCAGACGCCAAGGACCUCAAGCAGCUUGCCCAGAAAACUGGCCUCACCAAGCGGGUCUUACAGGUGUGGUUCCAAAACGCUCGGGCCAAAUUCAGGAGGAACCUGCUGCGGCAGGAGAGCACCGGGGUCGACAAGGCGUCCGACGGCUCGACGCUGCAGGGUGGUACGCCGUCAGGCCCGGCCUCUGAGAUCUCCAACGCCUCCAUGAGUCCCUCCAGCACACCCACCACCCUUACGGACUUGACCAACCCCACCAUGCCCACUGUCACCUCUGUGCUCACCUCCGUGCCGGGUAGCAUGGACGUCCACGAGUGCCGGAGCCCAUCACAGACCACGCUGACCAGCCUCUUCUGAUAGAUGGAGCCCUUCUUCACAGCCCCCUCUCCCCUGCCCUCCCCGGCCCCCUCCCUUAGCUCCCCCCCUGCUCACCUCUGCUCCUUGUGGAUCUACAAUUAAGCAUGGUUCACUCCUUGGAACAUUUAACGGAUUAGAAAACAAAAGGAAGCAAACUGAAAAGGUUUCCUUUAGAGACUGUUUGAUUAGUGAGGUGGCUGAGCCUUACACACCCAACAUUUGUUGUUAUUUUGAUGUUGUCUUGUUGAGAACUGAGGAGACUUGAUUUGCAUUUUUCAAUGUUUACAGAGAGAGACUGAAACUGGUCAAAAAAAAUUUGGAAUAUUGUUUUUUCCAGCACAGUAUUUAUGUUAUAUUGUACAAGAGUCACUGUUAGAAGGAUUGUAAAAAUCGUUUCUUUCUUUCUUUCUUUCUUUCGUUCGUUCGUUUCUUUUGUUUUGGAAAUCUGAGAUUAAACACAGGUUACAAUAUCCUAUGACUGCCACGUGCCUUACGGUCCACUUAUCUUAACUGCUGUUUCUAAAAGUCGGUCACACGUGAGUGAUUUGCAUCAGAACAAAGCAGUAUGACUGAAUUAACUCGACUCCUUGUGCGCAUUUAUGUAUGUGUGUGAGUUCUGGCUCGUUCCUCUUUGUGUUUGUGUGAACGUGCAGUAAAGCCCAUUCGGCUGCACUUUAAUUUAAAAGAAAAAGGCGAGAGGCAAAUAAUUCUUGUUUUUGAUCUCAACUCUUUUGAAUCUUCUUCACUCAAACUCGGCUAAAAAGCUGUUGUUCAAAGUCUCCACUUUUAGUUUAAUGCACUGGCGGCCCAAUGCAGAUCAGUUCAUGAUAAUAAACCUCGCCAAAUGAUGCGAUCGAUUGCAUUAACAUCCACCAGGUUACUGAGACCCGCCCCUUCCUUUUUACUUUUCACUUCUCUGGAACAAACACAAAGCUUUUAAUAGGAAAAAGAUGGAAUGGCAACAUUAAUGUAUGAGAAAUGAUCUGAGCAGCAACAUUGUUACUAGUUACUAGUUUAGUUUCUUAAAAUUUGAUGAUUUAGCAGGUGACUAACCCUGGAUAGGUUGCCAGUAACCUGGUGGAUGUCAAAGGUUAAGUUCAGAUUAAACAUGAACUUGUGAACUUAAACGUGGCUUUAAAGACACUGUGUUCUGUUGUUAAGAUAUUCAGUGACUUUAACAGUCGUAUAGACGUGUCAAAUUUCAAGUUGAAGUGAUGAAACACACAAUUAAAUAUUUUAAAAACGC